CUAGCGAGCACCGAUCCAACCAGUCAGUUGCCUCGAGGGAACGUGUGCGAGUGGGUGUGUCGAACUCCGCUGCCGUGGGAAAGUCUGACAUCUUAGCCGUUUAAGGUGGUGGUAGGAGUGAGUGGUCUGUAAGGAGUGUACACGAGGUAAAGAUGAGCAAGAAGUGCGCCAGGUGCGAGAAGGCGGUGUACCCGCUGGAGGAGCUGAAGUGCUUGGACAAGAUAUGGCACAAGGGCUGCUUCAAGUGCCAGGAGUGUGCCAUGACCCUCAGUAUGAAGACCUAUAAAGGAUACAACAAGCUGCCAUACUGCGAGGCGCACAUCCCCAAAGCCAAGGCUACCACAGUUGCAGAGACGCCAGAGAUGAGGAGACUAGCUGAGAACACCAAAAUUCAAUCCAAUGUGCAGUACCACGCGGACUUUGAGAAGAACAAGGCCAAGUUCACGCAGGUGGCCGACGACCCGGAGACCCAGAGGCUCAAGAAGAACACCCAGAUUAUCAGCAAUGUGAUAUAUCAUGGAGAACUAGCUAAGAAGACGGAAAUGGAACGUAAACGAACAGAGCCUAAUGAGGAUGAUGAAGACCGGUCUCCUUGGGUUGAUACAUUUGGAGGAGACAUUGCCACAGCUACUGCAUCUGUCCACCAUACCAUAGCUUCUCACUUACAAAGCAAUGAUAGUAACACUUAUGAUUACAGUAAUAAAGUACCUGCUUCCCCUCACUCCCACCAGCCUCUUGAUUACAAUAAUGAUGCUCCUGCUCCUCCUCACUCCCGUCAGCCUCGUGAUUACUCUCCUCACUCACGAUCCCAUGCACACUCCAAACCCUAUCACCAGCAACAGUCCUCCACAUCCCAGCAAUCUAGUAAAGUGUCUAGAACAAAUAAUAACCCUGCUGCUUAUGUACAUAAUGAAAAUCCUGAUCUUGCCUAUGGUUAUGUUCCACCCCCUAAUUCACGCUCCCCCAAUGCCAACACACAAUAUCCUCCUGAGCAUGAAGAUGGUUACUACCCCUACCCUAAUUCCAUGGGUGGACAGAAUGCAUCUGAUAACUAUUCAGGGAAAGCUACAAAUGGCUCAAGUGGGUCUUAUCCUAGCACUAACAGACAUGGUGCUUCACACGCAAAUUACCCGACUAACAACCAAUAUGCAACUGGAGCCCCACCUCGUGAUGAAAGUAAACGACAGCAGGAACAUCUUCAGCAAAUGCAGCAGCAGCAACAGCACCAUCAGCAGCUACAGAAGCAUCAUCAGCAACUGCAACAACAACAACAACAACAACAACAACAACAGCAACAACCACAACAACCACCACCACAACAGACUUUCGUUGCUCCACACCAACAGCAGUACAGUGGACCUCCCCCAACCUCUCAGCACCGACACCUACCCCAACCUUCCUCAACCUCCUUCCUCCAUCACCAGCAUCAGCAGCAGUUCCAGCAGCCUCCGCAGAAGCAACAGCAGCAGCAUCCUCCCAUCUCUUCCUACCACCACCAUCCUGCUCCCCAGAACAUGUUUCAUGAUGCCAACCAUAACUCGCCUUACUCAGCACGCACCUCCCAGACUCUCAUCUACUCCAGUCAGACUGGACCAGAUUCCCUGCAAAUGUUACAUGAAGUAGAGUAUGGGGAGGUGAAGGAGUGGUCUGAGUUGUACUGGCCAGCUGGAAAAAAUGAAGUGGUGACGGUUCAUCCUUAUACGUGUGAAGAAUCUUUUCACUGGGCUCCACAGACUUGCACAUUUACCGAAGGGGUUAUGGUGCAGCAGCAGCCAACCCGGCGUGUCGGUAGCAUAGCCGACUAUGAUCCUGUGAAUGAGCAGUACGGUUCCAUCAGCCAGGGAAAUGCCAAUCCAGCAGGUGGGGGCUUUCGGCAAGAGACAACGUAUCAGGUUCAGCGGACAAACCUUUAUGAUCAGCAACCUCCACCUGUGCAGAUGAAUUCCAACCCAUCAGCUCAUCACAAGGUUAAUGCUCCACCUACACAGCUUGGGCGCUGUUAUCGUGCUAUGUACGACUAUGAGGCGGCCGACACCGAUGAAGUGAGCUUCAGAGACGGAGACCUCAUAAUCAACUGCACGGCCAUUGAUGAAGGCUGGAUGACUGGCACCAUCCAGCGAACUGGAGUUACAGGCAUGCUGCCUGCAAACUACGUGGAGCGAGUUAGCUGAAUUUCUACACCGUGCAACAAGUUCUUUAGGGGUCUUCUUUAAGGACUUUUUUUUUUUUUUUUGUCUUUUAAGGUAUUUUAAGUGAUAAAUUUCUUUUGCAUUAUUCACUGUUACUGUGAGGUUUGUCAAUUUAUUUUUUGUGAUUAAUUGGUUACAUUGAGAUAUUUAUAUAUAUAUAUAUAUAUAUAU